GCUCCCUCACAUCCUCAUGCUCCUUUCGGCUUCCUCUCCCCCCUCACGCUGUGAUACUUCUCGCGCCUCGUAGCCAUCGAUGCCGCCGCCGGUCAACCGUUAUGGGCCUUCGGGCAUGACAGGCCCAUUCCCCCACCUCCAACAAGCACAUCUCCAGCAGCAACAACAGCAGCAGUCGCAACAUCAUACCGGCCACCCACAGUCCAACUCUGGCCUCCCUCCUCCCUCCCUUGGCGGACACCCAGGCUUUGGUCCUAGUAACCCUCAGUCAAGCAUCAAUCCCUUCAGUAUACCCGGUGCCAAUGGUAUUGGCGUCGCUGGCUUCCCUACCGGGGCUGGGGCGGGAGUUCUGGGCGACGGAAGUGGUACCGGGCUUGCCAGCCAUGCCGCACAGAUGGGGUUCGUAAGGGGUGCUCAGAUGCAGCAGCAGCAGCAACAGCAGCAACAGGCGCAGCAGCAGCUACAGCAGCACCAGGUGCAGCAGGUUCACUUGGGCCACGAUGGCCGUUUGACCAUGGAUGGCAAGAAUAGCGCUGUCAAGUCGAGGAUACGUGAUGUCUGGAAGCACAAUCUUGCCCAGGAGAUGGCCAUGCUGCGGUCAUUGGUAGAAAAAUACCCCUACAUCAGCAUGGACACCGAAUUCCCAGGAAUUGUGGCCAGACCGAUGGGCACCUUUACCACAAAAGCAGACUACCACUACCAAACCCUAAGGUGUAAUGUUGACUUACUCAAGAUGAUACAGCUUGGGAUCACUCUCUUCUCCGAGGACGGCGAGGUCCCUCCAGUCACAGCCACUCAUGCGAACUCGGAAGCCUACAAUGGAGCCCUGAUACCGGCGCCAUGUACCUGGCAAUUCAACUUCAAGUUCUCUCUCGAAAACGACAUGUACGCACAGGAGUCUACCAGUAUGCUGGCCAAAGCCGGCAUCGACUUUGCGCUUCAUGAAAAGAAUGGCAUUGACCCGUUGGACUUUGGAGCGUUGCUCAUGACGUCCGGAUUGGUCUUGCUUGACGACGUCCACUGGAUCUCCUUCCACUCCGGAUACGAUUUUGGAUACUUGAUGAAGAUCAUGCUGUGCAAACCCCUGCCUGACGAUGAGAAGGAUUUCCACAAACUUCUUAACAUAUUCUUCCCUUCUCUAUACGAUAUCAAAUACCUCAUGAAACACGCCGGACGGAAUCAAACAGCCAACGGAUCCCCGCUAACCCAUGCUGCAGCUCAGAUCAUUGCCAAUCUCGGCCAAAAGUCAGGUCUACAGGAUAUUGCAGACGAGCUAGGCGUCAAACGAGUCGGCAUUGCACACCAAGCCGGCUCGGAUUCCCUCGUCACCGGUGAGAUAUUCUGGAAAAUCAGACAACUUGUGUUCAACGGAACUAUAGAUGAGUCCAAGUAUUCCGGUCAGAUCUGGGGUCUCAACGGCCAGAUAGCCGCUGUGCCCUUCUACCCCGGAAACCAACCCCAUCAGACUCCAGGUGCCAACGGCACAGUCAUGUACUCAACCGCCGGAACACCUAGCACUCCCAACACAGGACAUGCAGCGUUGAACAGCCAUCAAACACCAGGCCGCCAAACCGGUAGCAUAACUCCAGGCACAGGAACCUAUGGCAAUUUCCAUCCAAGGUCUUAA